CAAAACCUACACCUUAAUAAAUCCACCAUGUCCACAUUAACCGCCCUCGGCCUCACCACCAACCCCACCACCACGAUCCCGCACUACGGCCCAGCAGCCCUCAUCUUCAACUUCAUUUUCGCAUACGGGCUCCUCUCCUCUCGAACCCUAAAGCAAAUUUACGGACUCGACCACAAUGUAUCCCCACGCGAAGACCUAACAAAAUACGGCGACGCCGCAGUCCGGGACGGCAAAAUCAGCCAGAAAACGCUCAACAUGCUGAAACGGAACGAGAGCGCGCAUGCGAACGCUGUCGAGAAUUAUACGCUUCUUGUUGCGGGGGUUGGUCUUGCUACUGCUGCGGGGGUGGAUAAGGUGUUGGUGAAUCGGGCGGUUGUGGUUUAUACGCUUGCGAGGCUUGCUUAUGCGGUUGUUUAUAUUUCCGUUGAGAGGCCGCUGCUAAGUCAGUUGAGGGGGGUUUGUUGGUGGAUUGGGAAUGUUAGUUGUUUUACGUUGUUGUGGAAAGCUGGGAGUUUGUUGAGUGUUUGAUGUAAUGUAUAUUGGUAUAUGAUUGCAUUUCGACCAUUAUAUGAAGUUAAUACAAGAC